AGCCAUCGCACACACGCACGCCUCCAACGUCUCCUUCCGCCGAUCCGCCGGCUUCUUGCACUGCACAGUAGAGCCGUCUAAUCAUCGCUGGGAGGAACAUGUCGUCGUGCGGGCUGUGGAAAGAGAGCCUGGCCCUAGCCGAGGACUACAUAGGCCUGUGCCGCACGGCGGACCCCGGCGAGGCUCCUCCUCCUCCCAGCGAGACUGCCGCCACCAUGAGACGUGUGGGCCGGCUGGCUGAGUCGCUCAAUGAAGCGUCUCUCCGGAGCCUGGCCCAGAACUUCAUCAGGCAGUGCGGACCGGACAUGUGCUCCGGCCUCAGGGCGGUGAUGCAGGAGAUGGUGAGCGACGGACUCUUGAACUGGGGGAGGGUGGUGUCCCUCUUUGCCUUCACGGGGGUGCUGGCCAGGAUGCUUUGGGAGCACAGUGAGCAGGAGGAGAAAGGAACCACCGCCGCUACCAAGUUGGGGCUGGACCUCAACGAGUGGCCGCAAACCUGCAGGAAACUGGCGGAGACCGUCGCCGACUUCCUAGGCGAGGAAAAGAAGGAGUGGAUGCUGGAGAACAACGGCUGGGAGGGUUUCUGCAAGUCGUGCAGCAGCAGUAGCAGCAGACAGUCCCACCAGGAUGUGUCCAUGAAGACGGCGCUGCUGGCCGUGGCCGGCGUGGGCCUCGCCGGCCUCACCUUCCUCCUAGGCCGCUAACGCACAGUUGUUACAAUAUUUCUCUGUUGGCUUAGCGAUUCCCUGUUACAAUAGAUCUCUUUUCUGACAUCAAUGCUGCGUAAUCAGGCAGCUGAAUGUUUCAACUUUCACCACGCAGCCAUUGCCCCACGCAAUUGUACAACUUCUUGACACACGUUGGAGCCAGUGACCAUGAACACUUGGGUCGGUAAAGACAGCCUUUUCUUUGCUACGACGUGUAAAUUAAUAUAUUAUAUUUAUAUGAAACGAAACACUUUUUUUCUAGACGGGAUUCAUCUUCUUUUGGUUGGUUUGUUGUUUGGAUGCGUGUGCAAUUGUGUGUUUGUGUCUGGCCCGGUCAGCAGGGCUGGCAUGGCCAUUUAAUGAUGGUGCUAUUUGUAAAAUGUUUCCUUUUUGAAAUGUUUUUUUUUUCCUUAAAGCCAGGGACCAAUGACAUUUCAGAACGAGCCUCCAACCUAUUUUUACAUUGUUUUGGUUGUAUUUAUUUGUCACUCAUUUUAUAAUAAAAAGUCAAACUAAAAUUUCACCAGCUCUGUUUUAUUACGGCAGUUUAUUUGAUUGAAUAGACAGACGAGCACAAACAUUAUGCGAUUAAAGGCCGGCCCCAGCAAAUGUGGCGCCCCAGUCUCCAAUUUAAAAUUUACACUCUUACAAUUGUUUUAUAGAUAAUCCCCUUUAAUUUGAAAUAUCUACUAAAAAAUAUUACUAAUGUUACUAAUCAUUUUGUUUUCAUCUACCAUUUAAAGUGCAACUAUCACCUAAAUUUAGGACUAUCCAGCAACUAACUCUGGCACGUUUGUCUCCACAGGGCAAAAAGGGGGAAAGAUAUUCUAGAAA